AGACACUCAGUCAUUUUCGUUCUAAAAAUUCACCUGUAGUUUUUUAAAAUCUGGCUUACCCGCGCAAAAAAUGUUUGUAAACAAAAACUGAGAUUUAGAAUGUGACUUUGAUGAGGAGGAGAGCACAGUGUUAAGAUGGGCGAGGAGAGUGCCCCAAAAAUCAGACGGCUGGAUGAAGUGGUUGUCAACAGGAUAGCAGCAGGAGAGGUCAUCCAGAGACCAGCUAAUGCGCUGAAGGAAAUGAUUGAAAACAGUAUUGAUGCAGGAGCUACCAAUAUCCAAGUAACAGUGAAACAAGGGGGGCUUAAAAUGCUCCAAAUUCAAGAUAAUGGAUGUGGUAUUAGAAAAGAGGAUAUGGAGAUAGUGUGUGAACGUUUUACCACCAGUAAACUGCGCCAGUUUGAGGACCUGGCAAGUAUCAACACAUAUGGUUUCAGAGGGGAAGCUCUGGCUAGCAUCAGUCAUGUGGCUCAUGUCACCAUCAUCACCAAGACUGUCUCAUCCAAGUGUGCUUUUAGGGGUGUGUAUUCUGAUGGGAAGUUGAAAGAACCAGUUAAACCUUGUGCAGGCAACUUGGGAACUCAGAUUACAGCUGAAGAUUUGUUCUACAACAUAUCAACACGGCGAAAAGCUUUGAAGAGCCCUUCAGAGGAGCACAGCAAGAUUGUGGAUGUUGUUAGCAAGUAUUCUAUUCACAACAGCAAGAUUGGAUUUACUUUAAAAAAGCAAGGGGAGAGCAUGGCUGAUGUGCGUACAUUGCCAGGAUCUUCAUGUGCUGAUAACAUACGAGCCAUAUAUGGUGUCACUGUUAGCAGAGAACUUUUAGAAGUGAAACAUGAGGACAGUAAGCUGGGAUUCCAUCUUUCAGCACAAAUUAGCAACGCUAACUACUCUGUAAAAAAAGCCAUAUUUUUACUCUUUAUAAAUCACAGAUUGGUGGAUUCCUCGUCGAUUCGAAAGGCUUUAGACACUGUAUACCAAGCUUACUUACCCAAAGGUUCACACCCAUUUAUUUACUUGAGUUUAGAAAUAUCUCCUCAAAAUGUGGAUGUAAAUGUACAUCCUACUAAGCAUGAAGUUCAUUUCCUCCAUGAAGAUUCCAUAAUAGCCUCAAUACAGUCUGUGGUGGAGGCCAGGCUAUUGGGAUCAAACGCCUCAAGGACAUUUUUUACACAGAAAAUGCUGCCUGGCCCAAUUGUUCAAGAGACUAAACACAAGCAGGACAGUGAAACUGCAACGCCGUCAGUGCGGGCACAAGACAUGGUAAGAACAGAUAGCAGAGAUCAAAAGCUUGACGCCUUCAUGUGCCAGCCUGUGUCAGUCACGUCUGCUAGAGCUGGACACAAGCCUGGACCAAGUGUAGAAAAUGAAGCAGAAAACUCUGCCAGACCAGGUGUGAAAUCAAAAAGGAAUGAAGUCCAUUUAACCAGCAUUCUGGAGCUACGUCAGGACAUCAAAGAUAGUUGCAGCAGUAGUAUGCAAGAGAUUUUCCAGAACCAUUCCUUUGUUGGUUGUGUCAGUGAAACACAUGCCUUGUUGCAGCACAGCACACGCCUAUUUUUAGCAAACACAACAGUCUUAAGUAAACAUUUGUUUUAUCAAAUUCUUCUGGAAGACUUCAGUAAUUUUGGAAUUUUAAGACUUUCAGAGCCUGCACCUAUAGGAACUCUGGCCUUGUUGGCUUUAGACUGUCCAGACUCAGGAUGGACACCAGCUCACGGCCCUAAAGAAGAAAUGGCUGACUACGUGCUCACAUUUUUAACUUCUAAAGCAGAAAUGCUGCAAGAUUAUUUCAGCAUUGAAAUAGAGAAUGGCAACUUGUUAACUCUACCCAUGUUGCUGGAGAAUUAUGUUCCACCCUUAGAUGAACUCCCUUUAUAUUUGCUGCGACUUGCUACGGAGGUGGACUGGGAAUCAGAGAAAGAAUGUUUUCAGUCCUUCUGUGAGGAAACAGCUCAAUUUUAUGCUCUGAAGAAAUCAAUGUUUGAUUCUUUACAAGACAAUGAUGGCAUGGUAACAAAUGAAAAAAUCCUUUAGCAAUCUUUAAACUUUUCCAAUAUUUCUGUAAAGCUAAUUAUAAUAAAAGGUGAAACUUUUGAUAUUUUUAGAGUAACUUGGACGAAGCUGCUUCACAAACUACAAAUCAUGAUUGGAAAUGGACCACAGAGCACGUCAUUUACCCAGCCAUGAAACAACACCUGCUGCCACCAUCUUGCAGUGAGAGUGACAGGAGUCUGAUACAGCUGGCCAACUUGCCAGAUCUGUACAAAGUUUUUGAGAGAUGUUGACAGCUUGUUUUCAGUUACAAUAAUAAAGUAUUCCUGGCUUGUGAGUAAAUAAA